AUUUUUCAGUUUGUUAUUUGUAAUUAGGUAUUCUUAGUCGUAAAAAGCCGCUUUGUUUUAUUACCUACACACUGUAAAUCAUUAAACAUUUUAAUAAUAAGUCAUAUGUUUCAUCGAGAAAAUGUUAGAUAAUCUCUGUUGGAUAUGUUUAGAUAAGAACACAAAAAUGUAUCGCAUAGAUGAUACAUACUUACGACAAGCUUAUGAUGCGAUUACAAGUAAACAUGAUAUGCUUGACAUGUCCGUAUACACAUGCUACAUGUGUACAUGGUUUUUAAACAAAUGUCACAAACUCAUGACACAAGCGCUCAAAGCACAAGACAUUAUGAAACAAUACUUGGAAACUAAGGAGGUCCCCACUUCACUUCAGCGAGAGUUCUACAACCUGUCUGCUGUUAAUACGAUGGACGUAGAUCUGAACUUGAAAGAAAUUGAGAUAGAGCCGUUCAUCAAAGAAGAGAUAAAGGAGGAGAUAGUCGAUGUUGAACUGGAGUUAGAUGGGAUAACACCUGCUGUGAAGCAGGAGCAAGAAGAAAAAGAAGAGUUGAAUGAAUGCAAUGAAUUCAGUUCUGCUGACGAAAACCAUGAUACCAAGAACACUAAUCAAAUAUGGAUACACAGUGAAAAAACAUUCAGCGAAGCAACAAGUAAUUCUUGCAGUAUCUGUGGUAGAAUAUUCCAUAGAGCGAAUGAUUUGAAGAAGCACUAUAGAACACAUACCGGAGAAAAACCAUAUUCUUGCGGGAUUUGUGGUAAAAGUUUCAGUCAGAUUGGCAGUUUGAAUACACAUACAAGGAUACAUACAGAAAAAAAGCCUUAUUCAUGUAAUGUUUGUGGUAAACAAUUUAACCGCCGCAGUAACAUGACGACGCAUAGUGAAAUACAUUCAGGAGAAAGACCGCAUUCUUGUAAUAUGUGUGGAAGAACUUUCAAUCACAGUAGUAAUUUGAGGAGACACAUCAAAACGCAUUUGGGGGAAAAACGUCCACAGCCUGGUAGUACGACAGCAAAUGGCGACAAAAGAGAAACGUCGUUUUCUUGUAUUGUGUGUGGCAAAAGCUUCAAUCUCAAAAGCAAUCUGAAUAGACACAUAAAAACCCACACACGAGAGAAACGAUCACGGAGUAGAAAGAACAUCAAGAAUAAUGAAAAGGCAGUUCCGGUCGACAGUCAAAUGACUUUGACAGGUGGCAAUGGUGACAUUGGCAGGUGUCAAUGAUUUGUAAAACUAAUAUAAUAUUAUAGAUGUGCCAUUUGAUAUUUAGUUUUAAAAUUGCAUGGUUGUGUUUAGAGAGUUUAAAUUUGUUUGUAGUUUUGAAGCAUCAUACGAGUCGACGAAAUUCAUAUUUUACCCCAAGUUCUGUGCUCAAUUCAUCCUAACUUUACAUAGUUACAAUUUGUAACAGUUUUGUAUCAUCGUCCACGCUAUUGACUAUGCUCAGAUUUGCUACAGAUUGCGCCACAAACGUGCUAUAUCUAUAUAUUAAACAACGUGUUACAAAAUACCCCGUAAAAAUAUAAUUAAUUAUCAAAGCGGAAAAUUUUGUCAACCCUAGUAAGCUAUCAUGUCAGAGAACCAGAUUGUAAAACAGAAAGGCCUACGUACCUAUUUAACCGUAUAAUUGUUAACUUUAAUAGUUUUUCUAUUUUUCAUUCAUAAAUGUUUGCUACCUCAAUACAAGGAUGUAAUUAUACUUCCUUCACGUACUGGCUUCAAAAAAUGUCAAGUUGGACAAAAUGGUUAUGUGAGGGACAGAGUGUAUUUCUCCGGUUGCCCAACGGUUGCCGAGAUGGAACAGCGUGUUGGAUCGUUUUUCGCAUCAAUAACACCGACGAUGUUGCGAAAUGCCACACAAGCCAUGUCCCGACGAACGAGGUUGUGUAUUGAGCAAGGCGGAGCACACUGAGCCCUUUCUAUAAAUUUGACGUUUAUUAUGAAAAAGUGGUCGUUAGGUUAGGUCUUUUUAAAUUUUUGCCGUUCCGCGAAUUAAAUUUAAUUUUACUGAAGUAGAGUUAGCACAUCAGUAAAAAUAAUAUUUUUUAAUUUUUUUGGGGUAUGUCAUACAGCGUUACUAAAAUUCUUAAAUAUUGUGAAUGGACUCGUUAUUAGGCCCCAUUUAACCUCCUUUCAGCUUACUUACGAGUAGCAUCCUGUAUUUUAUGUAUUAUGAAAUUCUGAUUUGUGGUAUGUGUGUACUUAGUACCUACAAAUAAUUUAAAUUAUAUUUAAUAAUAUAAUUAUAGAAACCAACUAUUUGAUGUAGGUGGUAAGUGUAAUAUAUGUUUUUCAAUUGUAAAACGCCAUGUAACGGAUUCAUUCUACUGGACUAUUAUAGCUCCUUAGUGUAAGAUUUAUAUUGUAUUAUGAUGUAUCAAAUUACUAGUCGUGCGGAUAAAAUUGGAUUAUAUAGUCCCCUAUAUAGGGGCCAAUGCGUCCCAGAUAAUAAUAUGGCACUGGUUGAAUACUAGUGAUCCAUAUUUCUGUGUUAUGUUUUUACAAAGAAAAAUCGUAAACAUAUAAUCUUAAUAUGCUGACAGUACAGAGCCGCCAUUUUGAACUCCCUUUUUUAUCCACACGAAUAAUACCACCGUUACGGAUAAGACUGCCUACUAGUACUACAUGUUACUGUAAUUACCUACUAGUGUUUUUAAUAAUGAAUAUUAUAUAAUAAUAAUACAAGAAUGUAUAAUAGUUUAUUAGUUUCUCUACUAUUACUAAUAACAAUAAAAUAUUAAAUUUC